AUGGUGGUUGAAAAAAAAAAGAACCAUAGUCAAGAAAUCUCUAGUACCCCGCAGAUGGUAGAGGUUAAGAUGAUUCCGGUUCAGCAUAUGGGUCCCAUUUGUUCACUGAAAAUUCUUUCUGAUGGACUUUUACUUGCUGGUAACGGGCCAACAUUAGAAAUUUACAAUUACGUAACAGGUGAAAAAUUAUUUAAAAGGAUCGUUUUCAAAAGAAAUAAAAUUCAUGGUAUUGAGUUUAUCAAAAACGGUGAAGCAUUCCAACUUGUUGUUUGGGGAGGUAGAUCUUUGUCUAUUUUCACGUUAGAUCAAUUCAAGGACGAAAAUUUUGAGUUACCACUUUUAGGUGUCGGUGAUUGGAUUUUCCAUUGUGUAUUUCAAAGUUCAACUGAUUUGUAUAUCUUAAACUCACACAAUGUUGUUCACCAUGUCACACUCGUUUCCGAUAGGCCGAAAUUAUUGGAAACCAUAGACUGUAAUUGGAAAUCUAUCCUCUAUUCAGGUACUCUACACUUAAAUAGAGACAACAACAAAAUUACAGUGUUAGCGGGCACUGUUAUGAAUGGUAUUUUAGUUUGGGAAUUAGAGACUGCAAAAGUUAAGCAUAACCUGACUUUACAUGAAGGUUCGAUUUUUAGCGUUAAUGCUUCACCUGAUGGUAGGUAUUUAAUUAGCUGUUCUGAUGACAGAUCCAUAAAAGUGUGGGACAUGGAGUCUGGUAAUUUAUUAUCUAAUGGCUGGGGUCAUGGUUCUCGUAUAUGGGGAUUGACCAUCUAUAAUAUGACCGCCGAUGGGUUCAACAUGCUCAGUUGUUCAGAAGACUGCACUGCUCGUAUUUGGACUUUCAAAGACGGUGCUGAUGAAAUAAAGCAAGAGAGGAUUAUAUUAGGACACACUGGUAGACACGUUUGGAGUUUGGCUGUUGACGAUGAGAAAAUGAUAGGAUUCACUGGUGGUGCAGAUGGUAAAAUCUUAGUUACUGAUUUAAAUGAGCAGGGUAGAAAAGGAUAUUGGGGUCAUAGGUGGGAAUUAAAAGAUAUAUUUAGAGAGUGCAAUUAUGAUUUAGAGAAAGGUGAGCUCAUAAAAGAGUAUGUUGAUUUUGGCUAUGGUUUGUAUGCAGUCACCUCCGAAGGAAAAGCGAUGGUACUAAAGGAUCAUAAAUCAUGGUCUCCACUGUUUACCGAUUCCAGGUUUGAGAAAUUUUGUGUUUUGAAAGGUUUUGAAAGUUCGCCUAUUUGUGUAUUAGGCAGCAAGCUAGGUAGAGUCAUUAUCAUGAAGUUCAAUGAAAAUUGUGAGGUGAUCCAACAAAAUGAAAUUGAUCUUUCUUCCCAUUUUAACAGAUUGAAUAACAUUCUGAUUCAUGAGUACGAUGGUAAAUAUUUUGCUCUUUUUGAAUCACCUAAUCCUAAGCACCCAUUGGUUUAUCAAGAAUUUGACCCAGUUACUCUACAAGUCCUGUAUGAAGUUUUGUUAGAAAAACCGGAUGAAAAGGUAUGUGUUAGUUCUGUUGAAUAUAAUAAAGCGAAGGAGUAUCUUUUAGUUGGUUGUAGGUAUGCUACAUUGAUUGUAUAUCAAAUCAAAUCCGCAGAAAACAAACCUACGAAAGUUUACAGUCAUUUAUUCAAAGGUGAUACUAUUUCCUCUUUAAAGUCUUUAGAUCAUGAAGAGUGUAUUUUCCAUUUGACUAACAAAGAUGGUACAUACCACCUCAUGAAAAUACAUGAUAAUCUCCAGUACGAGUUCCUCCAGAGCAGCAGAAUUCAAAAGGGUUUUCUCGAAGGUGGUUUCAAGAUUCCUAAUGGGGACUUAAUUUUCUAUGGCUUUAAAUCCGAUAGUUUUUUCAUUUGGAAUGAAACAAAACAAUAUGAAAUCUUACGUGAGAUUUGUGGUGGUCCACAUCGACGUUGGUUUUUUAAACACUGGGUAAAUGAAUCUGAUAAUCGCCUGAAAUAUAGACUGAUUUACACACGUGCUUCUGAAGUACAAUUGGUUGAAAAGGGUGAAGCUGAAGCUGUCGAAACGCUUGCCACAGGACUUCAUGGUAGGGAGGUCAGAGAUAUUUGUAUUGUUGAUGCUGAGGACGAAAAUGAAAAGGUUGUCAUAACCGGUGCCGAAGAUACCACAUUGAAAAUUGGUACAUUGAAGGAGAACGGUGAUUUCCAGCUACAUUGGACUUAUAGAGAACAUGUGGCUGGUUUGCAAUCUAUCCAUGCCAUUAAUAGAAACUAUAUCAUAACAUCUUCAGCUAGGGAGGAAUUAUUCAUAUGGAAAAUCACUGAAUGUGACGGAAAGAAGUGUAUGAGUAUGAAUGCAUCCUUGAAGCCAAGUGAAAAGAACCCAGAUUUAAGAAUUAUGAAUUUUGACUCCAUUGAGGUUUUUUCGGAGAAUACAGCAAGAGGAUGCCUAAUUGUCGCAGUAUAUUCUAAUUCCGCCAUUAAAGUUGUUUACUUUGAUUUCGAAGAAAAGAAGUUUAGCACUUUGAUUGAUGACGCUUACAUGCAAUGCUGCAUUUUUCAUGUCAGGUUUGUUUGUAUUGGCGGAAAACUGCAUAUCAUGAUUGGUUCUACAAAUGGGCAUCUUACAAUUUAUGAUAUCUCAGAAACUACCGACAAAUAUUUUGUUGCUGAGUAUGAGGAAAACAGUGUCAAAUUGAGAAAAAAACCUGUUGAUGUUGGUAUGCAAAUAAUGAAGCUAGGUAAACUAUUAAUCAAUCAGCAGAUUCAUCAAUCGUCAAUCAGGGCACUAGCAACAACACAAACUUCCCAAAAUGAAGUUUCAAUAGUGACUGGUGGUGAUGAUAAUGCUAUUGCACUUUUGAGGCUCUACAAAUGUCCCGGAUCCCAAACCAAGCUUGACCUCAAGUCGUUUGAAGCAUCCGCUGCUUCUUCUACAAUUACAACUAUCACACAUGUCAACAAAAACCAAGUUCUUAUUGGUGCGGUUGACCAAUCAAUUAAGUUAUGGAACAUUAACAAUGGUUUGAAAUUGGUUGCCAACAAAUACUCUACCGUUGCUGACAUUGGGUGUUCCGAGAUUACGCAUUUUGCAAAUGGAAAAAAAUAUGCUUUGAUUGGUGGUGCUGGUCUUUCAAUUUGGAAUUUGUAA